AUGGAUCUGUCGGCUACCGGUGUGAAUCAGCCCAAUGGAUUCGGCUCGCAUUGUGACACACAACCGGUCUGGUCAUCCACUGUGAUUCCAAAACCAUAUGUACGCAAACAGUGGCGUCUGUGCAAAUACGCGCGUAUCUAUCGUAUAUUAUUGUGGAAAAAUUGGCUCAUUCGCCGCCGAUCCCCGGUGCUUUUGAUAGCCGAACUCCUUUUUCCUUUAUUAUUUGUUCUCAUUCUGGCCGCAUUUCGUUUACACACUCCCGUGUACAAAGAACCCGCAUGCCAUGUGCAGUCCCAAAGUAUGCCCAGUAUGGGUCUGUUACACUAUGUUCAAUCCAUGCUGUGCAAUUUCAACUAUACUUGUUACGAUGAAGACCCGAAUCCAUUGACCCUACUCCAACCGGAAACACCUUUGUUCUAUUUGGUGCGGAACUUAACGACAUUGCUCGCCGAUGAGGAUGUACGUGAACUGUAA